AGAGAAUCUCCCUGGCAUCGUCAAUGUAGAAACGGGUUGAAGUGCAUGUCCUCCGUACUGGUUCAACAUGUUUCGGCUCAUUCUCUACGCUACCUUUAUUCUCGGCGCCCUUUCAGGUCAGACAAAAUAUCCUAGUCAUGGAGAAGGAGCGGCCAAAGCCAUCGCAGCGCGACAACAACUUGAAAACUGCACACCGUAUUGCAAGGUUGAGGUUAAACCCGUAUAUACGUUUACGUGGUAUCCAAUGGAAUUUUCCACGACGGUCGUGGCCGCUACCGUAAUUGAAAUUGUAAACACACUGGCGGGGACAACCAGAACUUCCACAAUAUCCAACGAUCUCCCAAGCGGAUACACUCCUCCCGCGACGAAUGACGAUGGGACCCAAGUGACAACAGUUACAUAUAGUCAGCAAGGCACGACAAAGACCACCGUCCUGGCUUUUCCGACCAGUUUCACCUCCUGGGCUGAUGGAUACACCUGGCAAGGGAGGCUACAAACCGAAAAAGAUGACGAGACAGCCUGCGUGACCGCGAUCAUACCCUCAUUUGUCCCGUUUGAGUCCUUCCCACAGCCAACUUCGAUAUCGAUGCCAACUCAUCCGUCCGGACCGGAUCCAAAAGGUCUCCUCUUCAAGCCCACGUCAAUAGAUUUGGGAGCGGGAGCAUAUGUGGAAGCCUUUCCUGACGAGGGUGCUCUGCAGACCUGCUCCCUCAAACGCUACCCGCUUCCCUUGGCAGUGGAGCCGACUACCCGAUUUUUGAGCAAGACCAUAACGUAUUUUGAAGGUGGGAAGGCUGUAAGGCAGGCAGAAAGUUCUUCCCAUCCGGCAACUCCAACCUCGGCGGCCUCAAAGGCAUUGUCCCACUAUUGGACUAUCCUUUUUUCCUGCCUCACCUCUGCACUGGGGAUCAUUUUGAUGUAGAUAUAACUCGACGUUAGGCGCU